AUGGCUUCUACAUUGAUUCGGAGGAAAUUUCCAGCAACAGAUGGAGGUAGUGAACCCGAACCCUCGUGGCUGAAGCGUCAAGUUACCGGUCGUCUGCAGUCCAUCUCUCGUCGCGCGUGUAUCCAUCCCAUCCACACAAUCGUCGUGAUUGCGCUUCUUGCGAGUACAACCUAUGUUGGCCUUCUCGAGGGAAGUUUGUUCGACUCGUUCAGGAACCCCAAGCAUGCCUCGGGCCAGGUUGAUGUUGACUCGCUUCUCCUUGGAAGUCGGAGCCUCCGGCUAGGAGAAGAUACGUACUGGAAAUGGCAAGUCGAGGAAUCGGCGACGCAGGAGGAAUACGAGGCUGCUCAGCACCUCGCUUUGAUGACCUUGAUCUUUCCGGAUUCCGUGUCGAAAGCAGAGUCGUCUGCACCCGUUGCCGACACUAUCUCGGUGCCCGCCAACACCUCUGCUCAGCGACUCCCGCAUACUCCUAAUCUAUUCUCCCCGUUCUCCCACGACUCGUCUAUUGUCUUUACCCUCCCGUUUGGCCAGGUCCCUCAGUUCCUGAAGGCGGUUCAAGAGCUUCCUGACCCGACGGUUGAGGGCGAGGAAGGGGAACAAAAACAAUGGAUCAUGCGUGCUACCCGGGGCCCAGUCAGUGGUUCGCGUGGAUCGGUUAGGUUCUGGCUCGCAGAUGCGUGGACUUCCUUUGUUGAUCUGAUCAAGCACGCCGAGACAAUCGACAUUGUGAUCAUGGCCUUGGGUUACCUUGCGAUGCAUCUCAGUUUUGCAUCUCUCUUUUUCUCCAUGAAACGGUUGGGGUCGAAAUUCUGGUUGGCAACCACAGUGCUUUUCUCCGGCAUUUUCGCAUUUCUGUUUGGCCUUCUCGUUACAACGAAAUUCGGUGUUCCCAUCAACGUGCUUCUUUUAUCGGAAGGCCUUCCGUUCCUGGUUGUGACAAUUGGUUUCGAAAAGCCGAUUAUUCUCACCAGAGCCGUCCUUAGUGCCUCGGUAGACAAGAAGCGUCAAGGACCAGCCACGCCAACUCCUAGCUCUAUCCAAGACUCCAUUCAGACUGCCAUCAAAGAGCAAGGUUUCGAAAUCGUGAGAGAUUACUGUAUUGAAAUUGCGAUCCUUAUUGCGGGAGCUGCAUCCGGAGUCCAAGGUGGCUUGAGGCAGUUUUGCUUCCUCGCUGCCUGGAUUCUUUUCUUCGACUGCCUUUUGCUCUUCACUUUCUACACGACUAUCCUCUGCAUCAAGCUUGAAAUCACACGCAUUAGACGCCAUGUUGCGCUCCGUAAGGCCCUGGAGGAAGACGGUAUUACUCAGCGUGUUGCGGAAAAUGUCGCCUCAAACAAUGAUUGGUUUGGUUCAGGAUCGGACAAUGGCAGCUCUGAUGACACUAGCGUCUUUGGACGGAAAAUCAAAUCGAACAAUGUGCGCCGAUUCAAGAUCCUCAUGGUUGGAGGUUUUGUGCUGUUCAAUGUCGUGAAUAUGUCCACAAUUCCUUUCCGGAAUUCGACGAGCUUGUCUCCUAUGCGCAACGUAUUUUCUCCCACGCCAAUCGAUCCAUUCAAGGUUGCUGAGAAUGGUCUUGAUACAAUCUACGUUGAAGCCAAAAGCCAGAAGAUGGAGACAAUUGUGACGGUUGUCCCACCUAUCAAGUAUAAGCAUGAAUACCCUUCUGUACAUUAUGCAAAGCUUGGAGAGAGCCAGUCUCUUGAAAUCGAAUACACCGACCAGCUCCUGGACGCUGUUGGUGGUCGUGUCAUCGACGGCCUCUUGAAGAGCAUUGAGGAUCCAGUCAUCAGCAAGUGGAUCAUUGCUGCGUUGACCUUGAGUAUUGUUUUGAAUGGUUAUCUCUUCAACGCUGCAAGGUGGAGCAUCAAGGAACCGCAAUCUGCCACACCUAAGGAGUCUGUCAAGCCAAAGGUCUACCCGAAAGUCGACUUAAACCCUCCUGGCCCCAAAAAGAGCCUGGAAGAGUGUGAGGCGAUGCUCAAAUCGAAAAAGGCUGCUUACCUCAGCGAUGAGGAGCUGAUCGAACUCUCCUUGCGUGGAAAACUUCCCGGAUACGCCCUGGAGAAGUCUCUGGAGAACGAGGACCUUAUGAGCCGUGUCGAUGCCUUUACGCGGGCGGUCAAAAUUAGAAGGGCUGUAGUGUCAAGGACACCGGCAACGUCGGCAGUCACCAGCUCCUUGGAGGCCUCCAAGCUGCCUUACAAAGACUACAAUUAUGGCCUUGUUCACGGUGCAUGCUGCGAGAAUGUCAUUGGUAACCUGCCAUUGCCCAUAGGAGUUGCUGGGCCUCUCACUAUCGACGGUCUAAGCUAUUUCAUUCCCAUGGCCACUACUGAGGGUGUCUUGGUGGCUAGUGCUAGUCGAGGCGCUAAGGCUAUCAACGCCGGCGGUGGUGCAGUAACUGUCUUGACUGGUGAUGGCAUGACUCGCGGUCCCUGUGUCGGCUUCCCUACACUUGCGCGAGCAGCAGCAGCUAAAGUUUGGCUUGACUCCGACGAGGGGAGGAACAUCAUGACAACUGCAUUCAACUCUACUAGCCGCUUUGCCAGACUACAGCACAUGAAGACCGCUCUUGCCGGUACCUACUUGUAUAUUCGGUUCAAGACCACUACCGGUGACGCCAUGGGUAUGAACAUGAUCUCAAAGGGUGUCGAGAAAGCACUAAAUAUUAUGGCAACGGAGUGUGGGUUUUCUGAUAUGGCCACCAUCUCUGUGUCUGGUAACUUCUGUACCGACAAGAAGGCAGCUGCUCUCAACUGGAUUGAUGGUCGCGGGAAAUCGGUUGUGGCAGAGGCCAUUAUUCCCGGCGAGGUCGUUCGCAAUGUGCUCAAGAGUGACGUGGAUGCUCUGGUGGAAUUGAAUACAAGCAAGAACUUGAUUGGAAGUGCGAUGGCAGGCAGUUUGGGUGGAUUCAAUGCUCAUGCAUCUAACAUUGUCACUGCAAUCUUCCUUGCAACUGGCCAGGAUCCUGCACAGAACGUCGAAAGCAGCAGCUGCAUUACGACCAUGAAGAACUCAAAUGGCAAUCUCCAGAUAGCCGUAUCUAUGCCUUCGAUCGAAGUCGGCACCAUCGGUGGCGGCACUAUUCUUGAAGCUCAGUCUGCUAUGCUCGAUUUCCUCGGCGUUCGUGGUUCUCACCCUACCAACCCAGGUGACAACGCACGCCAGCUAGCUCGUAUUGUGGCAGCCGCCGUCCUUGCUGGUGAACUGAGUCUGUGCUCUGCACUAGCGGCUGGACACCUUGUCAGAGCGCACAUGGCCCACAACCGCAGUGCUGCUCCCACUCGAUCAGCGACUCCAGUUUCAGCAGCUGUUGGUGCUACGCGCGGACUGUCCAUGACGUCUUCUAAAUAG